AGCAAUCAUAUGUUCCGCGUACAGGUUUGAUUCUUUUUCUCGACAUCAAUGAUAGCAGCUAAAUUUGCCGUGUCGCUUAGAAAAUUUAAAUUAUUGAACAGUAUUAGCAAAAAAAAUCUCGUAAACAUGAGUAGUAACGCGCUAAGCGUCUGUGAUAGUAAAAACGAGGAAGAAACCUGGAUUUUCGGCUAUGGAUCGCUGGUUUGGAAGGCAGACUUUCCCUUCGAGGAGCAACGAACCGGGUUCGUGAAGGGAUUCUGCCGUAGAUUCUACCAGAACAGCAUCGACCACCGGGGGACGCACGACAAGCCCGGUCGCGUGGUCACCCUAAUCCAAUCCAAAGACCCGGACGCCAAGGUGUGGGGCAUGGGAUACCGCAUCGGCAGCGCGGACACCCAGCGCGUGCUGUGCCACCUGGACCACCGCGAGAAGAACGGCUACGACCGGCACCGGGUGCUGUUCUAUCCGUAUCCACCGAGCGACGCGCAAACCAACGACCCGAAGAACAUUCUGCUGUACGUGGCCACCGUGGACAAUCCUUCGUUUGCCGGCCAGAGCGACAGUUUGGAGGCGAUUGCGGGACAAAUUUUGGGCGCGGCCGGCGAGAGUGGGAAGAACCCGGAGUACGUGUACAAGCUGGCCGAGGCCAUGCGGCAGCUGUACCCGGGCGAGGAGGACGAGCAUCUGUUUGAGCUGGAGCGGAUUUUGAGAGCGAUGGAUACGGGCGAUGGAACCGGGGAUCGGUCGGUUAGUGGAAGUAAUUAGCGCCGGAGGGCCGAAUAAAAUUGUUAGCGAAAAAGAA